AUGGCCAGGCCGCAGCCGCCGCCCUGGGUCCACGCAGCCUUCGUCCUCUGCGUCCUUGGACUUGGUGGAGCCAUCGAGAUUCCCAUGGACCCAAGCAUUCAGAAUGAGCUGACCCAGCCUCCGACCAUCACCAAGCAGUCAGUGAAGGACCACAUCGUGGACCCCCGGGACAACAUCCUGAUCGAGUGUGAAGCCAAGGGCAACCCCGCCCCCAGCUUCCACUGGACGCGCAACAGCAGGUUCUUCAACAUUGCCAAGGACCCCCGUGUGUCCAUGCGGCGGCGGUCGGGGACUCUGGUGAUCGACUUCCGCAGCGGGGGGCGGCCCGAGGAGUACGAGGGCGAGUACCAGUGCUUUGCCCGAAACAAAUUCGGCACGGCUCUGUCCAACAGGAUCCGCCUACAGGUCUCCAAAUCUCCUCUGUGGCCCAAGGAAAACCUGGACCCCGUUGUGGUUCAAGAAGGCGCCCCCCUGACGCUCCAGUGCAACCCCCCGCCCGGACUUCCGUCCCCGGUCAUCUUCUGGAUGAGCAGCUCCAUGGAGCCCAUCACCCAAGACAAGCGUGUGUCCCAGGGCCACAAUGGAGACCUGUAUUUCUCUAACGUGAUACUGCAGGACAUGCAAACCGACUACAGCUGCAACGCCCGCUUCCACUUCACCCACACCAUCCAGCAGAAGAACCCCUUCACCCUCAAGGUCCUCACCACCCGAGGAGUCGCGGAAAGAACCCCCAGCUUCAUGUACCCCCAGGGCACCUCGAGCAGCCAGAUGGUGCUGCGCGGCAUGGACCUGCUACUGGAGUGCAUCGCCUCCGGGGUCCCCACACCAGACAUUGCAUGGUACAAGAAAGGCGGGGACCUCCCCUCGGACAAGGCCAAGUUUGAGAACUUUAACAAGGCCCUGCGCAUCACCAACGUCUCCGAGGAAGACUCCGGCGAGUAUUUCUGCCUGGCCUCCAACAAGAUGGGCAGCAUCCGGCACACGAUCUCGGUGAGAGUAAAGGCUGCUCCCUACUGGCUGGAUGAACCCAAGAACUUGGUCCUGGCUCCUGGCGAGGAUGGGAGGCUGGUGUGUCGAGCCAAUGGGAACCCCAAGCCCACUGUGCAGUGGAUGGUGAACGGGGAGCCCUUGCAGUCGGCACCACCCAACCCGAACCGCGAGGUGGCCGGUGACACCAUCAUCUUCCGGGACACGCAGAUCAGCAGCAGGGCCGUGUACCAGUGCAACACCUCCAACGAGCACGGCUACCUGCUGGCCAACGCCUUCGUCAGCGUGCUGGAUGUGCCGCCGCGGAUGCUGUCACCCCGGAACCAGCUCAUCAGAGUGAUCCUGUACAACCGCACCCGGCUGGACUGCCCGUUCUUCGGGUCUCCCAUCCCCACGCUCCGAUGGUUUAAGAAUGGGCAGGGGAGCAACCUGGACGGCGGCAACUACCACGUGCACGAGAACGGCAGCCUGGAGAUCAAGAUGAUUCGCAAGGAGGACCAGGGCAUCUACACCUGCGUCGCCACCAACAUCCUGGGCAAAGCCGAGAACCAGGUCCGCCUGGAGGUCAAAGACCCCACCAGGAUCUACCGGAUGCCAGAGGACCAGGUGGCCAAACGGGGCACCACGGUACAGCUGGAGUGCCGUGUGAAACACGACCCCUCCCUGAAACUCACCGUGUCCUGGCUGAAGGACGAGGAGCCGCUCUACAUCAGCAACAGGAUGAAGAAGGAGGACGACUCGCUGACCAUCUUUGGGGUGGCCGAGAAGGACCAGGGCAGUUACACGUGCGUCGCCAGCACGGAGCUGGACCAGGACCUGGCCAAGGCCUACCUCACCGUGCUAGCUGAUCAGGCCACUCCAACUAACCGUUUGGCUGCCCUGCCCAAAGGGCGGCCAGACCGGCCCCGAGACCUGGAGCUCACCGACCUGGCCGAGCGGAGCGUGAGGCUGACCUGGAUCCCGGGGGACGCCAACAACAGCCCCAUCACAGACUACGUGGUCCAGUUUGAAGAGGACCAGUUCCAGCCAGGGGUCUGGCACGACCACUCCAAAUUCCCAGGCAAUGUCAACUCGGCUGUCCUGCAGCUGUCCCCGUACGUCAACUACCAGUUCCGGGUCAUCGCCAUCAACGAGGUCGGCAGCAGCCACCCCAGCCUCCCGUCCGAGCGCUACCGAACCAGUGGGGCACCCCCUGAGUCCAACCCCGGCGAUGUGAAGGGAGAGGGGACCAGGAAGAACAACAUGGAGAUCACGUGGACGCCCAUGAACGCCACCUCCGCCUUUGGCCCCAACCUGCGCUACAUCGUGAAGUGGCGGCGGAGAGAGACGCGCGACGCCUGGAACAACGCCACCGUGUGGGGCUCUCGCUACGUGGUGGGGCAGACCCCGGUCUACGUGCCCUACGAGAUCCGAGUGCAGGCCGAGAAUGACUUUGGGAAGGCCCCCGAGCCGGAGACGGUCAUCGGUUACUCCGGGGAGGACUAUCCCCGGGCUGCACCCACCGACGUCAAGGUCCGAGUCAUGAACAGCACAGCCAUCAGCCUGCAGUGGAACCGUGUCUACUCAGACACGGUGCAGGGCCAGCUCAGGGAGUACCGAGCCUACUACUGGAGGGAGAGCAGCUUGCUGAAGAACCUGUGGGUGUCUCAGAAGAGACAGCAAGCCAGCUUCCCCGGGGACCGCCCCCGGGGCGUGGUGUCCCAACUCUUCCCCUACAGCAACUACAAGCUGGAGAUGGUGGUGGUCAAUGGCAGAGGCGAUGGGCCUCGCAGUGAGACCAAGGAGUUCACCACCCCGGAGGGAGUUCCCAGCGCCCCCAGACGUUUCCGAGUCCGGCAGCCCAACCUGGAGACAAUCAACCUGGAGUGGGACCACCCGGAGCACCCCAACGGCAUCCUGGUUGGAUACACACUCAAAUACCUGCCCUUUAAUGGAACCAAACUGGGGAAGCAGAUAGUGGAAAACUUCUCUCCGAACCAGACCAAGUUCACGGUGCAGAGGGCGGAUCCCGUGUCACGUUACCGUUUCACGCUCAGCGCCAGGACGCAGGUGGGCUCUGGGGAAGCAGUCACAGAGGAGUCACCUGCACCCCCGAACGAAGCUACUCCAACGGCAGCUCCUCCCACGUUGCCCCCGACUACCGCAGGUGCCACGGGCGCCGUGAGCGGUACUGACGCUACUGCCAUUGGCACCACCACCGAAGCCACAGAAGCCCCCACCGUCCCAACUGCCACACCUACCACCAUCGCCACCACCACCACUGUCGCCACAACUACUACAACCACCGUCGCCACCACCACGGAGAGUCCUCCUGCCACCACCACCAGGACUAAGAUCCAGGAAUCCGCCCCCGACGAGCAGUCCAUAUGGAACGUCACAGUGCUCCCCAACAGUAAAUGGGCCAACAUCACCUGGAAGCACAAUUUCGGGCCCGGAACUGACUUUGUGGUUGAGUACAUUGACAGCAACCAUACGAAAAAAACUGUCCCUGUUAAGGCCCAGGCCCAGCCCAUACAGCUGACAGACCUCUAUCCCGGGAUGACGUACACGUUGCGGGUCUAUUCCCGGGACCACGAGGGCAUCAGCAGUACCGUCAUCACCUUUAUGACCAGUACAGCCUACACCAACAACCAGGCCGACAUCGCCACGCAGGGCUGGUUCAUUGGGCUCAUGUGCGCCAUCGCCCUCCUGGUGCUGAUCCUGCUUAUCGUCUGUUUCAUCAAGAGGAGUCGUGGUGGCAAGUACCCAGUGCGAGAGAAGAAAGACGUUCCCCUUGGCCCCGAGGACCCCAAAGAAGAGGACGGAUCCUUUGACUACAGUGACGAGGACAACAAGCCUCUGCAAGGCAGCCAGACGUCGUUGGACGGCACCAUCAAGCAGCAGGAGAGCGACGACAGCCUGGUGGACUACGGCGAGGGCGGGGAGGGCCAGUUCAAUGAGGACGGCUCCUUCAUUGGGCAGUACACGGUCAAGAAGGACAAGGAGGAGACAGAGGGCAACGAGAGUUCGGAGGCCACGUCCCCCGUCAACGCCAUCUACUCCCUGGCCUAA